AUGAGACCAGUCCUGCUGCUGGUCUUCUUCUUUGUGGGGACCGACGGGUUCCGCGUCAGAGGAGGACGGGGACGCUUCAGGGGAAGCUAUGGGCCGGACCUGGUUCUGGAUCCGGACCUGUCGGCGGUGUUCCGCCGGGUGGAUCCGCGCUUUCUGUCCGUCACCAUCGACGCAAGUCUGGCUUCAGAGGAGAGGUUUAUGCUCCUGCUGAGAUCUCAGAAAAUCAGAACUCUGGCCAAAGCUCUGAGUCCAGCAUUUUUAAGGUUUGGGGGGACGAGUCAGGACUUCAUGGUGUUCAACCCUCAGAGAAGCAGACAGCUGGAUGCAGGUCUCACUGCACAUGAGUCCUGCAGCGAUGUACGGCUGCCCUGGUGGCUGGAGAGCAGGCUGAAGGAGGACUGGACUCUGCAGCAGCAGAUCCUCAUCAAAGAGCAGCAACAGAGGAAGUACCGGAGAGUCCACUUCACAGAGCUCACCGUGGACGUGCUGCACUCCUUCACCAGCUGCUCCGGCUUGGAGCUGAUCUUCGGCCUCAAUGCUCUGCUCAGGACGGCUGACAACAGCUGGAACAGCAGCAAUGCCCUCUCUCUGCUGCAGUACUGCGAGUCCAAACAAUACAACAUGUCAUGGGAGCUAGGAAAUGAGCCAAACAGCUACGAGAAGAAAGCAGGGAUUCGGGUGGAUGGGUAUCAGCUCGGACUGGAUUUUGAUCAUCUCAGACAGAUGAUGUUGAAGUCCAAACUCUACCGGAACGCCGGGCUGUACGGGCCGGACGUGGGCCAGCCCAGGGACCACAGGGUGGACUUACUGAAGAGCUUCCUGCAGAGCGGAGCUGAGGCUGUUGAUGCCUGCACCUGGCACCAUUAUUAUGUGAAUGGGAGAGACACGUCUUUAAAGGAUUUUCUGGAUCCUGGUGUUCUCGACUCUCUAGCCUUAAAGAUCAAUGAAGUCCUGCAGACAGUCAAGCAGGUGUCUCCAGGGAAGUCAGUGUGGCUCGGAGAGACAAGCUCGGCCUUUGGAGGGGGAGCUGCAGGACUGUCAGACACAUUUGCUGCAGGAUUCAUGUGGCUGGAUAAAUUAGGUCUGGCAGCCAAACUGGGCCUGGACAUCGUGAUGAGGCAGGUGUUGGUCGGAUCUGGGAGUUACCACAUGAUCGAUGAUGAACUGGAUCCUCUUCCUGAUUAUUGGCUGUCAGUUCUCUACAAGAGACUCGUUGGACCAGAGGUUUUGCAAAUACAAACGGUCUCUGGUUUUGGUCGAAGUAAAAGAGUGAGGUUGUAUCUGCACUGCGCUAACAAAAAGAGCUAUACAAGAGGAUCUGUUGUGCUGAUAUCAAUGAACCUGAGUAAGAAGAUGAUGAGGAUCUCAGUUCCUGCUCUCGUCUCCAGCAGCACAGUGGAGGCUUUUGUCCUUCAGUCCAACCAACCAGGGGAAGAGGGACUCUGCUCCAGGUGGGUGAAACUGAACAGAGCGGUGUUGAAGAUGGUGGACGAUAAAACUCUUCCCGACCUCAGUGGAGUGCGUCUUCCUCCAGCUGAGCACCUGCAGCUUCCUGCAUACUCUCUGGCUUUCUUUGUCUUCUUGGACGCCCAGGCGGUGGCCUGCCACUGA